CAACGUGGGUGGGCGUAUACCCUUAUCACAGACAAGGACAUGGAAAUGGCUGGGCACCUUGUGAGGAAUUUGGAGAGUGUAAACCAAGAAGUGCCACAACCUUUGCUCUCUUUGGCAAUGAAAUCUGCGUGGUUCCGUUCUCAACGCCAAGGUAGUAGUGGUAGUGGUAGUAAACCAGCUCGUCUUGGACUUGGAUACAAGCCAAAAGCUCGGCCAACGCCAGGCAGCGGAGGUAAUCAACUUGACCCUUUGAAAGAGCAUAAACCACGUGGAGCGACCAAUUUAUCCGUACGCGAUGCUAUCAGAGCAGCAACAAAUUCGGAAGCAAUCGGACCCGCUGGUGCAGCGCCAAAUAGUAGACUACAAGCAAUGAAGAAUGCUUUUAAGCAGUCCUUCGCUGCGACAUUUAAGCCCUCUGAACUCGACUCCUCUAGAAUCAAAGCACAGCCUGUUUCUGACCCACGUCCAGAAUGGAAGCGAAAAAUUGAUGAGAUAAACGCACGACUCAUGGCUGAAAAUCUACAAGCAAAGCAGCAGGCACAGGCUACUAGUCCAAAUCCUCCAAAUCCAACUCCAGUGACUGAAGACGAUGGGACUUCGUCUAAAAAGAAAAGCAGAUGGCAAUAG